CAGCACUUUCGAUUAGAAAAUCUAAAAUUUUAGGAAAAAGGCUUAUCUAUCUGUUUUCAGCAAGAGAAGCCUCGAAAUUCUCCGUGAGUUUAUUGCCCAAACUAUGCCCCAAAGCAGCCGGAAUGCUUAAGAAUGCCGUCAAAAGAGAGCGACCCAUUUAUCGGGAUAUCCAGCACUUAACGGACGACCAGCUGUCUAUUAUGUGCCAGAGCCAUGAGAUCUAUGUGGGCCCAAUAACAUAUCAAAAUCGACGCUUGGCGGAACGACAGCUCCACAUAGCGAUGAUCAAGGAGCGGGCCAAGUACAGGGCUCAGGAGCAGUUCGCCCAGGAGUACAGUCUGGAGAUCUCCGAGAAUGUUCAGCGGGUUCCGCCACUUCAACAGCACUACGGCUUGGUGGACGCAUUACCCCAAAAUCAUCAUCAGACCAUGCCACCGCGUACUUACUGGCCAUCUCUUAACUCAAACUGGCGCAGCCCUCCACCGGCUAGCACCUUUAUCCAAAAUUGGCGACAGCGUACGGAACCGGUUCUCGAGCCACGUCAGUAUGUCAGUUGGCGGCAGGAAAACGCAUUGGCCAACCAAAGGAAAAGAGAUGCUGGAACCAAUAUACUGGGCUUUAAGAUACCCUUCACCCUGGAGACGGCCAUGAAUAUUAGCUCGAAAAUAAGCAGCACCAUUAAGCGUUUUCAGGGUGGUGGUGAAAUUUCAGCUAAGUUGGAGCAGGAAAAAAAAGAAAUGAUACAAAGUUCUCGAGAGGAUCAUAAAGAUGAGUACCUCAAAAGGUCCGAUGAAGAUUGUGACCAAGAAGCGUCUCACUCUUCCCAGCAUGAUCUUGAACGGGACACACUCUCUGAUAUUACAGAAGUCAAAGACCAUCAGCCAGAGAAUGAUAAGGAGGUCCCUGUCCAAGAUGCCUUUGUCUAUCCCUUUCCCCACGACCUUCAGGAACUACAAAAGCUCGUCGUCGGAGCGCAUGACGAAUCUCAGACUGAACUAUGCGAUUAUGCGAGCUUUAUUAGCCUGUCCAGUGCUUAUCAUGAGUUCCCCAACCAAGUGCCAAUGGUACGGACGGACCCAUCGGUUAAACCAAAGCCUCGUUUUCACUGGUGGUGGCAGCGAAGUGCGGCUGGAAAUGAGUUGAUUCCGGAGGCGGAGCAAACCACGGAACUAGAUCUCUUGCAGGAGCGGGAGCUAAAGACCAUCCACUACCUGAGCGAGCCUCCUCCCCGAGUAGAUGACGGAAUGUUGGAACUGAUGGGCAGGGUUGAACUGCGCGAUGACAGUGAUGAUGAAGAGGCGGUGGAGGUCAGAAAUGACGGGCGAAGACCCCGAUCCUAUAUGGGAUUCUGCCGUCACAUCUUCCACCUCCUCUGCUGCGAUCGUCAUGGAAGGCUAGAUGGGGAAAAGCUGCGCUGCAAUUUCUUCUGCUGCUGUAUGGCCUUUGGAGUCUACAUGGGAUUUAAGAUGUUGCGCUAGUCACUGCUGGGUGGAAUCUUUGGUAUUUGUAAAAUGAAGGCAAGUUGUUUUCCUCAAGUCUCUGUAUCUAGAUUUGUUUUCUUACAUUGAGAUACGUACAGUGUUCUUAAUACAAAGAAGUGCAAUAAUCC